AUGAACAAUAUCGAAUCCCAACUGCACGAAUUAGAAGUUCAAGUAACCAGUUUGAGUGAUGAAGUACUUAAGCAGCAGGAGCAUCAUCAUGUUCAAGCUAUUGAGCAAUUGAAACAAAGUGUGGCACAAGUAGCAGAGGGCAAUGAAUUUGUCUUGACUGAUAACGAUCCCUCUGCGGUGGUAGAUCCCAAUUGUAUUCCUGGAAAAAUCUCUGAAUUUUCUCAAUUAACAGAAAUACUAAAGGUGACUCAUCUGGAGCAGGAAUCUCUGGAUAAUUUUCUGCGUUACACGAUUUCCUCUGGUGAUCUGGCGCAAUUAGAAUCAGUGAAUGACGAAAAAUAUGUGUCGCUGAAUGCCGAGAUCGAAAAUCUGCGAGAGAACGUAAUUGAAGGAUUAAAUACAGAAAUCGACAAGCAGAAACUGCAUAUUAUACAGUCAAGCCAAAAUAUUGCCGAAAAGCGAAAGCUAGUUAAUGAAACGUGCCUUGAAAUCACUAAUCUUCUUGAAGACUGUUGGAAGUUAGCAUCAGAACUCGAGCAACUCAAUGGUGAGCAGAUCGAUGAGCACAAAGAAAUGCAAGAUAAUACCCUCGAAAUCACAAAUGCUCUUUGGGAAAGCUUACAAGAACAAACAAUAAAGCAUUCUCAAUUAGAAGCGCGAUUGAAGAUACUGACGAGCACAAGAAACUCUCUUGAAAGAGUUCAAGCUAAACAAGGCUCAGGGGUUAAUUUAGAUGGAUCUAUGAAAGAGGCAUGUGAUUCCUAUCAAAGGUUGUGUGACUUUUGGCAAAACUCAUUUGUGAAUGCUGAGAUAAAAAAUCUUAAAGUAUAUCCUCAAUCAAAUAGAUUGCAAUUUGAGUGUCUGAAAAUGGAUAUUAUAAUAACUUUAAAUGAUUUCGGGAUCUACCAGAUUAAUGUGUAUGAUAACAAUAUUCCUGAUGUUGACAUUCACAAUAUCCGCAAGAAUAUCGAGCAGCUAAAAAGCAGGUCGGAUUUUUAUUUGUCUAUCAGAAAGAUAAUAGAUAUAGUAAAAAAUCAUGCUAAAGGUACGAAAGAAGAUUACGGGUCCUAA